UCGGUCCAUACACUCGACUUUCACAGCGAGGAUUCAAGUUGGCUUAAGCGUGCUUUUACCCAGAUGCCUGGCUGUUCCUGGAAAGUUGGUUUGGUUUCCUGCCUGAGAGCCGGGGCUAAGCAGGAGGGCUGGUCUUGGAUGCCAGGCCAGGCUGUCAGCGGGAGGUAUGAGGCAGGUGCCCUUUGGAAAUCGGCCCUCCCGGACUUCCAGGUCAAUUCUUGGCAGGAGGUGAGGGGUUUGGAAGAUAAUUAUCCGGGGGUGAAAAGGGAGCUGUGUGCUAAGGCGCCUCCCCCAUGACCCGGAUGCUGACAAACCAUGCAAGCCGUUUGUCUUACAGGCACAGGUGCGGUAAGAGUCUGCUCCAUGUGUAGCACGCCAGUGUUCGUGAUUCUGACACUUGACAAAAUGUGGUAGGCCGAGAGAGGCCGUCUUCAGUCCAGGGCUCCGAGGGAGCAAACCUUUCGCGCAAAACUUGUCCAUUUUGAUGGCAUUAUUAAGGUCUGCCUUGGGGACAAAAGCCUGGUGGUACCGAAGGCGCUCAAGGAGCCGGCACUUGGCUGCUGGGCAUCAUGCCAGUAAGAGCCCAGCGCCCUGCGGGGCCUGGGAGGGCACGACAGGCAGGUGUGGGGGACCCAGGAACAACUAGAGGAUGCCCCAGCUGAGCAUCCCGGGGCUGUCUGGGUCCCUGGGAGCGCGCGGGACUGGGGUCAAGGGGCGCGCGGGAGAGGGAGGAGCCGUUCCUGGCCGGCGCCCGCAGGGCCGAGAAAGUGAAAGGGCGGCCGCUCCAGGAAGUCGCGAGCAGGAAGCGCGCAGGCGGCGCGGGCUGCGGAGCGCAGGUAGACGCGGGGGCGACCGAGGACCCUCCCCAGCGGCGCGCACCUGCCAGCGGGCCCGCGCCCUGCGCCCUGCGCCCCCGCUCCGGCCUCUCCACCGCUUGUCUCCCUCUGCUGUGGCUAGAGAACCGGGGACCAGCCAAGCGCUAGAGUGGCGUUGGGCGACAGUGCCGGGCGAUCCCGACGCUGAGUUCCCGGGGAAGUGGAAGCAGAAGGCUCCCCGAGGCCCGGGGCUGGGAUCGCCUAGCUGUGUUGCCCGGUCCCCUCCCAGUCCCGGGCCGUGGUGACAGCUGUGGGGAGCCGGCUGCUGGAGACCCAGCGCUUUGUCUGCAGCCGCGCGUUGGGGACGUGGGCGUGCCCGUAGCCUUCGCCACCGGGCCAGGAGGCUGUACGACCGACCGGGGAGGAGCCGGCUCGCAAAGCCCUUGGGAAAGCUCGCAGGCAGCACCCUGGGUUCUCGGGUUGUUUGUUUGCUAAAGAACUGCUUCCUGGAGCCCGGGCUCGGUGACCAACGUGGUGACAGCUAACCUACUGGCGGUAAUAAAAGGUUUAAAUCGCCGGAAAGUCCCCUAGGCGCAUGCACCAAUCUUCCAGCCCUCGGGGUCCACUCUGGGAUCUUGGUGACCUGCAGACCUCGGCCGACCCUGAUGGAAGGAAGAGGGGGCAGGACCCAGUAGGACACGUCUGCGGUUGCUGCUUUCCAGGCUGUGUGAACCGCGGGGCUGUCAAAAAAACAAUCUUAACCUGUUUCCUGGAGCAUCUGAUUACGGGACUGGAGCUCCGAGGUCAGGACCGACGUAAAUGGCUCGACUCCCUGUGGGCAUCCGCUUCAUCAUCGCCUUCUCCAGGGAUCAGUGGUACCGGGCCUUCACUUUCGUGCUGACAUUCCUGCUUUACACCAGCUUCCACUUAUCCCGAAAGCCUAUCAGCAUCGUGAAGGGCGAGCUCCAUAAGCAGUGUGCUGCAGGGGAUGAGCCUGAGCCCAGAUUCAGUGGCCGGAGCAGCAGUUCCAGGCAUGGCCCCACCCACUGGCUCCUGGACAACGAGACCGACUGUGGCUGGGCCCCUUUCGAUAAGAACAACUACCAGCAGCUGCUUGGAGCCCUGGAUUACUCCUUCCUGUGUGCCUACGCCAUCGGGAUGUACCUGAGUGGCAUAAUAGGGGAACGCCUGCCGAUUAGGUAUUACCUGACAUUUGGGAUGCUGGCCAGUGGCGCCUUCACAGCCCUGUUCGGCGUGGGCUAUUUCUAUAACAUCCACAGCUUGGGAUUCUACGUGAUGACCCAGAUCCUUAACGGGCUGGUGCAGACCACAGGCUGGCCGAGUGUCGUCACGUGCCUCAGCAACUGGUUUGGAAAAGGAAGGCGUGGCCUGAUCAUGGGCAUUUGGAACUCCCACACCUCCGUGGGCAACAUCCUGGGGUCGUUGAUUGCCGGCUACUGGGUGUCCACAUGCUGGGGACUGUCGUUUAUCGUGCCCGGGGCCAUCGUGGCAGCCAUGGGGAUCGUGUGCUUUCUCUUUCUCAUUGAACAUCCGAAGGACAUCAAGUGCUCCUCCACCCUGCCCACGCAUUCCAAAGUCUCUGAGAACGGCAUCAACAGAUUUAGACUGCAGAAGCAAACCGCACACACUGAAAAGAACGGACCUCUGGACCCAGAGCUGCAAUGCUUACUGCUCUCUGAUGGGAAGAGUCCCCUCCACCCGAGCCACAUCGUCGUCCUUCCCGGUGACAGCAGCGGCAGCAUGGCGGCCAUCAGUUUCACAGGAGCCCUGAGGAUCCCGGGCGUGAUUGAGUUCUCUCUGUGCUUGCUGUUCGCCAAGCUGGUCAGCUACACAUUCCUGUUCUGGCUCCCGCUGUACAUCACCAGUGUCGAUCACCUGGAUGCCAAGAAAGCGGGGGAGCUGUCCACACUGUUUGACGUGGGCGGGAUCUUCGGUGGGAUCCUAGCAGGUGUGAUCUCCGACCGCCUGGAAAAGCGGGCCUCCACCUGCGGUCUGAUGCUCCUGCUGGCCGCACCCACGCUCUAUGUCUUCUCCUCCGUCAGCAAAAUGGGACUGGAAGCCACCAUAGCCAUGCUGCUCCUCAGUGGGGCCCUGGUCAGCGGGCCCUAUGCACUGAUUACCACGGCCGUCUCUGCAGACCUGGGGACUCACAAAAGUCUGAAAGGGAACUCUCAUGCCCUGUCCACCGUGACGGCCAUCAUCGACGGCACUGGGUCUGUAGCUGUGAUCCACGCCAUGGUCUUCGGGAGGUACGGAGUAAACUCACGUGAGCAGCUGAUGUGUGCCUGCAACUUUGCUGAGACAUGGGAAAGGCGUAUCAGAGUGCUUCCCAGAUCACAGGGAGCUGCCUUGGGUCCCCUACUGGCGGGGCUCAUCUCCCCUUCAGGAUGGAGCAAUGUGUUCUACAUGCUGAUGUUUGCAGACGCCUGUGCCUUACUGUUCCUGAUCCGCCUCAUACACAAGGAACUGAGUUGUCCAGGGCCGGCUGCAGGGAUCCAGGCUCCGCUGAAGGAACACUGACCAUGAGUCCUCCGGAGUGCCCGGGCCCGUCUUAGACACACACUCUGUCUUUGGAAAAGCUGAAAGGAAGGAUCCUGUCAUAAAAAGAAAGACUCGCCUUUGCACGUACAUCUGGGAGCGACUCACAAACUACCUUGAGACUUGCUGGACAGACAGACGUGGCGCUCAGAAUGACAGUGGGGAGCCUGCCUGGCUGUGUCCCACUGCCUUAAUGGGCCAAGGCCCAAUGGCCCAGCCAGCCCCAGCCUGGCAGGUGCAUGGUGCCCGCUAGCCACUGAACUCUAGCCUGUACAGUGACAGGAAGGACCGGCCUGCAGGGCCCAGGCAGCCCACCCCUCUCAGGUACCCAGUGCAGAAUGUUUAUAGCCUGUGAGCCCAGGCCAUCCCACUCUCCUGUGUCCUGAAUGUGCAGGGUGAAAGGACAGGACAUGUCACAAAUGUCCCAUCAAGUAACCAACAGCAUGAGAAAGCCCAAUUACAGACAGAAACUGAGAUGGAGUCCACACCCAGCAGUCACGAAGACCCAUGCUCGCCACCAACCAGGAAACUGGUCAUGUCAAGAUGUGAAUGAGUGUGAAGCAAUAAGCCCCCCAACAGGACGGGGGCGCUGGGAAGGCCAGUCCCAAAGCACGUGCCGUGGUCCCCUGCAGGCCCGAGAGAGCACAGAAGCUGGGGGGGGGGGCUUUAUGGGGUGCCAGAAGCAAUGGGUCCCACCCAGCCAUCCCUCUUACCCCAGACACCUGAGCUGUUUCUAGACCCACAGGGAUUAUUUAUUUUAAAUGUAUAAUGUGCUAUAUAGAUUUUAAGAGAUAUAAAUGGGAUUUUGUUAUUUAUUGAGACAAACAAUGAUUGUUCUGUGGCCAUUUGUCGUCUUGGUUGUAUGUCUCUGCUCUUUGAAAUAAAUGAGUUUUUAUUUAAAAAAAAAAAAAAAGCCCCAAGUACAACAUAAAUGAUUCUUUACAGACCACGUCGCUUUGGUUUUCUCAGGACCAGAGACUGUAUCCAUUGUUUUCCGUGUUGCUGGGACAAAAUACUUGGCAAAAGGUACUUAAAGGAAAGAGAGGUUUCUUCUGGCUCCCGUGGCAGGGAAGGCAUGCAUGCGGGCAGGAGCUUGGGGCAUCUGGGCAGGAGCUUGGGGCAUCUGGGCACAUUGUAUCGGCAGUCGGGAAGCAGGGAGAUGGCGGCUCCUGCCCAGCUCGUCUCUCCUUUCUAUACAGUCCGAGACCGCAGACCAUGGAAUGCUGCUGCCCACAUUGAAGUGGGUGUUCCUACUUCAGUUAACCCAACCUAGAACAUUCUUCAGAGACAUGCCCAGAGGCUCAUUUCCCUUGGUGAGUCUAGAGUCUGUCAGGUUGAAAAUAUUAAUCAUGACAAAGAUUAAUUAAAUGUAAUUAUUACAAAAUA